ACCGAACGCGUCACGAGACGGGGAAACAGCUGACGUGGUGACGUCAGGGUGUUGACGGUGUUUCGGUAACGAGAAGGAGCGCCGCAGUAAACAACAUGUCGCUGAAUCGAAACCACUCGCAAAACGGCGGAGUUCUAGUACACAACGGAGAGAGUGUUCUGAGGGAGUGUAAGAAUGUGGAGCUCUCCUUCAGUGAUGUCAGCAGUAAGACUGAUCUCCUCAAGGGGACCAAGAAGGGUUCUGUUUACCUCACACCAUACAGGCUGGUGUUUGUGUCCAGCAACAAGGACUGCCUGGGCUCCUGCAUGUUCCCCUACUACCUGAUGAAGGGCUGCAGCAUAGAGCAGCCCGUCUUCGCUGCCAACUUCAUCAAGGGGACCGUGUCGGCUGAACCCGGCGGUGGCUGGGAGGGCAGGGCCAGCUUCAAGAUGUCUUUCACCAGCGGGGGAGCCAUCGAGCUGGGCCAGCACCUCUUCAAACUGGCCACUAACGCGUCUCGCCCUCCCGCGGCACAACCCGGCGGGCCGUCGUUUGGCUACCCAUCCCCCGGGGGGGUGAACGGCUUCACCCCCGCUCCUCCAGGCUACUACCCCCAAGCGCCGCAGCACAACGGGUUCUACCAACCUCCCCCCCCUCAACAGAAUGGAUUCUACCAACCUCCACCGCCACAGCCCAACGGGUUCUACCAGGCUCCGCCCCCUCAGCCCAACGGGUUCUACCAGGCCCCGCCCCCUCAGCCCAACGGGUUCUACCAGGCUCCGCCCCAUGGGAACAUGGGCUACCCCUUCCCCACCACCGCUGCCGGUGUGUACCCCUCUGCUCCCGCCUACAUGGCCCCUCCCCCCGCCUACCCUGGACCCCCCCAGAACUGGAGCGCCCCCUCACCCACACCGGGUAAUCCCAAAGCAAUGGAGGCUGCUGGGCGGGCUUACUACAACCCCACUGACCCCCACCAGGUCUACAUGCCCAUGGAGCAGCCUCCUCCCUACGCACCUUACCCCGGAGCACCAGAGAAGAAGAAUAACUAACCAAUCGCAGUCUGCUGUUUUCCUGCACUUUUCUCUCCCAUGGAACCUCUACAGUGACCUCCUUCUGUAGUGCAGACCUGCUGUGGUGCGACCAAUCCAAGACAUGGCGGACUUUAGUGAUAUUCCGGAAUCAAAAAUAAUGGACUGACUUUUAUCCUUCCACUUUGGUAUCGGAAUUCAUUCCAAAUCUUUUCCGUAUUUGUCUAUUAAGGUUUGAAGUUGAGUGGGACAUUUUCCAAGUGUUCUUAAGCUUUCGAUGAAAAUGUUCAGUUGUUUUGCCGAGAGCUUCUUUAUCCGCAAGUUUGUAGUGAUGCGGACAUUAUGAAGAAUGUAUUUUUAAACAAAAUGCUAACACCUUUCAUAGCAGAUACUCCCAAGCUUAUUAACACAAACUACCACAACCAGCAUUGUAAAUGAUAUUAUACAAUCAUGCCCCGGGCGUGCGUGUGUGUGUGUGUUUGUGCGAGUGUGUGUCUGUCUGUGUGUGCCCUCUAUUGUAUUCAUGAAUGCAUAGCCUGGCUGAAACCAGAACUGUCCACUCUGUAAUUACACUCGGUCAUGACCCCACUCAGGGGUACUAUGUAUCUCUCGUGUUCCACCUGUGAGAAGAUGUCUGAAAGUGGUUAGCUUAUUCCCCUUAAAAGCCCGCUCUAGGUAACUAAUGGAGCCGGUCACUGAGGCUCUGGGAACUCCAUUUUGGAUCUUGGCUUGCUUGAAUGAAUCAAAUGCCCUAUAGCUCGUUUGUAAUUCUAACUCCUUAACUGGAUAUGUUUAAAAGUUACAAUAAAAGUAUAGUAGUUUC